AUAAAUUUAUACAUGUUUGCGUGUGUCAUUCCUCCUCGUGAAAUAUAACGAAGUAUUUCAAAUGAGAAAAAGCGAGAAGGGAAGAAAAACGAAAAGAAAGAGAUAGAGAUGGUGGACCAGUAGAUGAGGCCAGUUCUGGUCAGGCAGCCUCACACGACCUCUCGUACGGUGACUUCUGUCCAACAUUUAUCAUCCUUCGAUCUUCGCGAUCGAUUUAAUCAAUAAUACAUUUAAAAAGUAAAUUUAAUAUCGAUCCUCAGUGCAAAAUUAAAUUAUUAUUUGUUAAUUAUUUGUCAUAAUUAAAUUUUUCUCAGUGUAUUAAUUGGUAUCAACCGACUUAGUUUUUUUGGAUUAAACCCAUCCUCGCAAGUUGGAGCGAGAGGGCUUGCAAAGUGGUCGCAAUGUCAUCGACGACGAGGGAAAGCUCACACAUGAGUAAAAAAAUUAUGACUCACAGUGGUCCUAUAUCGGGAAAGAGCCACUCAGCAGCCACGGCCAGCAGCCUCGAGAACAACUUAGAUGCACUGUUAGAGGAUCUUCAAACGACCGUUUCAAAACCAGAAACGAAGACAACGACAAUUAAUCGAACAAUACGUUCAAGUUCGCCAUUGGUAGAAUACCGAUCAGCUGCCAAUUCAAGCAAAACAGUUUCUGAAAGUACAAGAACUGUUUCGCCCACGCGAGGUAUGACUACGACAACCGAAAAAUAUAUUACGACAGGUCCUGCUGGCGCACCAUCGGGUAUUCCAGGUUUAGAAUUACUAGAUAAGGAACUUCAAGAUGUACAACCUGGACAAAGUAAAACAGUUGCUUAUAAGCAGGUUUCUUAUCACUAUAACAAGGAUUUGGAUGGAAAACCAAUGGAUUCGUGGGACAAUUUAACCAGCCCAGCUUUGAUCGAUUCAAUUCGAGAGCGUAAUUAUGAUGAAUCGCGUACGAGACAUCGAAGUCCAGAACCAAAAUCGGUUACUAGAGAAUUGACCUCCUACAGCGACAGCAGUCUCAGAACUCGACAAGCGUCUCCUAUUCGAUCAAGCCAAAAAGAUGUUUUCUAUCAAGAAAGUAAAGAGAGUUAUCGAUCAAAUCCAAGAACUUUGACUAGCACCUCACACGAAGUGCUUGAAGAUGUAACACCCGCGGUACCAUCGAAUUUGGCACCGGGUCCAAAUACUAAAGUAACAACUACCGUCAAAACCUACACUUAUGAACUUCCAGGAGCACCUGAUUCAUAUAUGAACAGUUCAUUGGCAAAAAAUGUCGACAAAUCCGUCUCCUAUUCAUCUACAAAAGAUCCAGGAAUUCAAAAAACAAUUACCUAUGAGGUUGAUCAAAGUCGUUAUCGUUCGGCAAGUCCAGUGAGAUAUUCACCAAUUGAUGUACCAGUAAAAUCAAAAACAGUUCACGCUGAGGAAAAAUAUUUUCGCGAAGAACGUCAUGGUUAUAGGCCAACAAGUCCAACUUAUCAUACAUCAAGUAAUGCAACAACUAUUUAUCAUGGAUCACCAUCACCAACUGGUACAUCGAGUUUAACGAGAAGAGAAAAAUUCUCUGAUAUUAAUGGUUAUGGACCACGUGGACCAGGUGAUUUUACUGAUCAUUCAGAAAUUAAAAGUGCAACAUAUUAUCAAAGUCCACAGGCUCCAAUAAGUGAAACAAGAACUGAACUUAUUGAAGAACAUUACAGUAGUAGAUCACGCAGUCCACCUAGAACUUAUUAUCCACCUGUACAAACAACAAGUGCAAAAGAAACGAUUUAUAAAUUUGAAAAAUCAAGUAAAAAUUGCGAUGGACCAAAACCAUUUCCAUCAGGUGGUGUUAAAGUUUAUCCCACUAAACCACCAAUUUGUGAGGGACCACCGGCUAAACUUGAAGAUUUAAUGGCAUCUUUCUCGGAUACCGAGAAAGAAGUUUUAGACGAAAUUGACCGAAAAGAAAGGGUUCAACGAAGAACUAAGGAAAUAAUUAAAAAGGAAGUGGAAUUCACGAAUAGCCCUCCAAGGAGCAAGGCAGCAUCUCCCGUUUAUUAUCCCCCAGGAUCAGAAUUAGCGAAACGAGAAGGAAGUGGAUCCAUGGCACACUCAAGCAGUGCCUACAUGUCGGACAAGGGCGAAUGGAAACGAGGGAUGUACGAAAAAGAAUCAAAAUCAGAAACCAAAUGGAAGACAAAAAAAGGAAAAGUAGCGAUACCUCUUUGUUUGCCUCUGUGUUGCGCUGCACCAUGUGUCAUUAUGUGAAAGAAAUCAAAAAAAAAAAAAAAAAACGGAAACUAAAAACAAAAAAAAAUUAAUAUUCGAUAAUGAUAAUUUUUUUUAAGCAACGAAUAAUCAAAAUUAGCAAAAGAGAAUUUAUUAGCAAUUAUUAUUAAUCAUGAAAUACUAAAAUAAAAAAAAAUAAAAAUUCACUAUAGUAGCGAAUAAUUAUGAAUGUAUCGUAUGUGUGUAUUUAUAUAAAUUGACUUUAAGAAUUUUAAUUGUUAAUAAUAAUCAAUAGUUGUAUUAACAAAAAAUUUUAAUAUUAAUUUAACUCAAAAGAAAAUAGACCCGAUUUUUCUGAAAAUUUUUUUUUGUCUAAUUUUUCCAAUUAUUCCCUUUUGAAUUAUAUCAAAUUUGAUUUAUGAAAAAAAGAACAUUAUUAAAAAUGCAUUUUUCCCCCUUUUAAUUAAACACUAAUUGUUACUUAUUCAUUUCAACUAAUUUUUUAUUUUUAAUCAUAGUUUCGUAAACCUGAGACCGUGAAUUAUAGUGCUAUAAUAAUAUUAUAUAAUACAUAUAUUAAUAAUAAUAAUAAUAAUAAUAAUAAAUAAGCACACACACACACAAAAAAAGAAGUCGAAUGCGUUUCACAAAUUGAACGCAAAAUAUAUGUUUCCCGUUAAUAAUAAUCAUAUGUAAAGAGAGCAUUGUGACUUUGGUGUAUCUUUGCAGUGAAAAAUAAUGUUAAAUGUUAAAAAAAAAUAACGAUAAUUAGAAAUUUUUAAAAAUGGCGCAUUAUUGUAGAUCCUUUCAAAUAAAAAAAUGUUGUCUUCCAGUUAAAUAAAUGUCCUGUUUGAUUUUC